AUGGAGCAGCCGCAACCUCCACCCCAACCUGCGACAACCUACCCAGGCUAUUUCUAUGACAUUAAGAGGCUCGUGGCCAAGUACAUGCGGUCCGGUAGCCCCUUCUCCUACAAGGACUUCAAGAUGCUGUGGAAGGAGAUGCGAUUCAGCUACAUCCACCACGCCAAGCCCAUGGACAUGGAAUACGGCGAGUACAUGCAGCGCCUCUACUCGUCCACCCUCGGCUUCUUGUACAGUCCCCAGCCGCUGCUGGUGCUCGUGGGCACCCUCUACACUCUCUACACCCUCUACAACACCCAGCUCAAAAAACCGCGCACGCCCAUACGCAUCUCCAAAGAUACAUGGCAGUACCUGCACCGUCUGUACUUGGAGAUCAAGAACCAGCGAAUAUGGGAGGCCUACCACGUGUUUCGUAAGCUGCGCCAGGAUCAGAGCUUCUGCUUCACGGCCUACGCUCCCGUCGGACCCCGCUCCACUCCCACCACCAACCUGCACAUGCUCACGGAGCUGCCGCCGCACCUUCAGCAAGCCGAUACUCUGCGAAACGUACUGGAUGUGAGCGCGAUCGACAAGAUCGCCCGGUUGAACGCGCCCAAGGCACCGCUAAAGCACAAAAAACUGUCAACACAGGACGAGCUCAAUGUGGCGGACGCGCACUUGGGCAGCGAUCUCAAGGCGAUGCUCUCCGAGAUCGAGCGGGCGUACCAGACAUCGGAUCGGGGCUCGGCCGCCACUGCUGCCGCGUUCGCCUUCCGGCCACCCGCCACCGCCCACUCUCGGCCGACGCCCGCUCCUCCGCCUCCGGCCUUAGCUGCUCCGCCACCUUUGCUUGCGGUCAAUGGUCGACCAGACGCAGCGCGCGAGGCGGCAAAGAGGAAGGCCCACUUCGAGCAGAAGUUCGCGACCCAAGAGAGCGCCAACAAGCGACCAAGGAUUGAGCCCACGAACGUGGGAACGGAGGCAGGGUUCCUCCGGCUGCAGCUCACGCACGACCAAGCAGACGAUGCCUCCUCGGAUGAUGAGGAGCUGCGCAGAAGUGCUCAGGCGAUGGAAGAGUUGCUCAAUGGACACGACGCUUUUUCGAACCUGCGCGACGACAAUGAAGAGAACGCGUGA